GCAAUGAUGGUUCCCAUGCCCCCCACGAAUACUGUACAAUACGUACCAGCCCACUGAUGAUUACAACGAAUACAAUUGAGAAAUGAAGCCCAUACAAGAUGGCUUGGCAGUUGGCACCAGUGUCAGAAAUACAAAGAAUAUUCCGAAAUUCCACAAUUCUCCUCUUCAACGAAUAUUCUAAUUCCGGAACCCAAACCCAAACCCAGCGUCCCUUUUUUUUUAGUUUCCUCAAAUCCAUUCCGUUCCACUCUCUUUCAAUUCCCCUCGUCAUAACAGAAACAACCACUCAGCGUUCUCCUUCAUUCAUCCUCUUAAUACACAAAACGGUGUCGUUUUGGAAAGGGGAAUAUCAUAUCAUGAAGUUCUGGAAGAUUCUCAACAACCAGAUCGAGCAAACGCUUCCUGAUUGGCGCGACAAGUUUCUUUCCUACAAGGAUUUGAAGAAGCAGUUGAAGCUCAUCGCGCCCGCCAAGGACGCCGAUAACAACCCUCCCACGAAGCGGCCCAGGUUGGACGGAGACGGCGCCGCCGAAGAUGGGGAACAAGAGGAGGUGGCGAAGGAGGUCAACGACUUCUUGAAGCUGUUGGAAUUGGAGAUUGAGAAGUUCAACGCUUUUUUCGUUGAGAAGGAGGAAGAGUACAUCAUCAAAUGGAAGGAGUUGCAAGACAGGGUUGCCAAGGCCAAGGAUUCAAAUGUAGAAUUGAUGUCUGUAGGGAGGGAAAUAGUGGAUUUUCAUGGAGAGAUGGUUUUGUUAGAGAACUAUAGCGCACUUAACUACACGGGUUUGGUGAAGAUAAUAAAGAAAUAUGAUAAACGAACUGGUGCACUAGUUCGCUUACCUUUCAUCCAAGACGUCUUGAACCAACCUUUCUUCAAAGUUGAUGUGCUUAACAAGAUUGUAAAGGAGUGUGAAGUGAUGCUAAGCAUCCUUUUCCCCAGAAACAGGCCUCCAGGAUCAUCGUUAUCAAUUAACGAGGAUUAUACGGAAGAAGGGUGCACCUCCAUAACUACCAAUGAAAGUAAAGCAUCGCUAGCUCAGGUCCCUAAAGAACUUGCUGAGAUUGAAAACAUGGAGAACACAUACAUCAAACUAACUUCGUCAGCACUGCAAACAUUGGAGCAGAUUAGGGGUGGAAGCUCAACUGUAAGUAUAUACUCAUUACCGCCUCUCGGUAGCAAGGCUCUGGAAGAGGAGAUUGAAGGCAAAUAACUGUCUCUCAAGGAGCGAGCAGCCUAGUAGUUUCUGUGAAUAAAAAGCAAGAUAGUAGGCUGUCUUUCUGCUCUAAACCAUGCAGAGGCAAACAUAGAUCAGGGCAAUAACACUAGAUAGCCGCUGACUUUCCAUCUCUUUUCUUCUUUCCUGUUCGACAAUGCCAUCUUGUGUUGUGAAUCAAAGGGUGAUUGGAUGGAAAUCUUGGCCUUUUUUCAUGGAGCAAUAUCUGAUGGUAGAUGGAUUAUAAUGCAGCCUGAUUACUUUUUCCCACUUAAUGCAAAAUUUUUCUGAGGCUUUUAGGUUU